CCGAAUUUGAUCGUGUCCGCUCCCGAUCAAGGCACUAUUCCAGACUAAGAACUCUGUGGUAUACAACGUCAUCUCCUUUUCAACUUGAACACUGCAACACUCACUGCCCUCAGCAAAAACGAGCCGAAACCUGCCUCUCCAUCUCGUUGCGGCCGGUGUAUUGCGAGCGGAUAAGCUAGCUGGCUAUCUCGCACGCAUGCCUGCGGAGGUUGAGCGGUUGAAAGAUGAGGGCACGAGAAAGCAAGUCGUGAUCGCCGGGGGCGUAGCAGGCCUCGUGUCCCGGUUCUGCAUCGCACCGCUGGAUGUGGUCAAGAUCCGACUACAGCUCCAGCCGCACUCGCUUUCGGACCCCUUGUCGUGUGAUGGCAUAAAGGGCCCCAUCUACAAGGGCGUCUUCUCAACUUUACGCGCCAUUGUUCGCCAGGAAGGCAUUCGGGCAUUAUGGAAGGGUAACAUCCCCGCGGAGCUAAUGUACGUGUGCUACGGCGGCGUGCAAUUCACGGCCUACCGCUCCAUCACUCAACUACAAAGCCUCUUACCCAGACGGCCUCCGCCGUCCGUUGAGUCAUUCAUCAGCGGCGCGGGCGCUGGUGCCGCAGCAACGACGGCCACCUAUCCAUUUGAUCUCUUGCGGACCCGGUUUGCCGCACAGGGCCCGCAACGCGUGUACAAUGGUCUACUGUUUGCCGUGCGUGAUAUCAGCCGGAAUGAAGGGUUUCGCGGAUUCUUCAGAGGUCUCAGUGCGGCUGUUGGCCAGAUCGUACCCUAUAUGGGUCUUUUCUUCAGUAGUUACGAGUUUCUGCACCAGCAUAUCGGUGGCAAGACCCUGCCUUUUGGCUCGGGCGAUGCUACUGCAGGCAUCUUCGCUAGCAUUUUCGCAAAGACCGCUGUGUUUCCACUCGACUUGAUCAGGAAGAGGCUACAGGUGCAAGGGCCAACCAGGACGAAAUACAUCCACUCCAACAUUCCUGAAUAUAAUGGGGUCAUCCGCGGUUUGGCUGCCAUUUGGAAGAGAGAAGGCUACAGGGGUUGGUACCGAGGGUUGACAGUUAGUCUGAUCAAGGCUGCUCCAGCAUCGGCUGUUACCAUGUGGACGUACGAGCAGGUCCUUCACGCGUUGAUAUCAACCGACACCAACGAUGAGCUGUGGGAGACUUAUACCGGCUAUGAUGAUGAUGACGAUGAUGACUGAGACAUGAACAGGGGUUAGCUGGCUUUGAAUUGCCCAGGCAUGAAUUGAACCAGAAUAUUUUCGGCAAGCGGCGAGCACAGAAAGAGGAUCCCGAUUCCAAGACGGGCCCACAUGUCCGCUCUACCACAGACGGCUCUUACGAACUUCGACCGCGCAACUCGAUCCCGGUAUGACCGAGUGACUCAGCGGACGCAGACACCGACAGCAUAAGAAGCCUGUUGUUGAUACUGGCUCCUCAUCGACCAGGCAAGCAUGUGUAGGACUCCCCGAGGCUUUCACAUAUCCCUCCUGCCACGACGAGGUGUUGCCCAGGUUGACAAGGCACCAGUCAGACCCGGCCAUGGAGCACGCCUCCGUCACCCGAAGCAGUUUGCGGGUGCUGUACACCUAUUUUCUAUACUCAAUAUCAUGAAGACGUGGAGGAACAGUGUCCCUUCGCCCGGAGGGAGUGAGCAGACCCGACUACCCGUUGACCGGACACAGUAGGGUCAUUAUCCGAAGCCUUACGGUUGGUGGCAGAAACAUUAGUGGCUUAUCACCCCCAAACUUCUCUAGACCGCCAACAUCUUUGUCACCAACCCUAAGCCCCGGGGAAUGAAGUACGAGGUCACGAAGACUGGACUGACUUCUUCCAGUCACCGGUCGUCCUCAGAGAGAGGCCGAAUCAGACAAUAUCGUUGGUAUACCAAGACGACUUGUAAUAUACAUGUACUUUUAAGACUCCUUUUUGACAACCAUUUUGUGCUCAUCAUCUACCGAACCUCAUUUCCGCACCAGCGUACUUCCACAAACCCCUCAAGAAAGCCUGGUACUCGACCCUCGUGCUACUACUGCCCGACACAUCACCGCCCGAGUCGCCAACACAGAAGAUUUCGCUAAGCCGGAUCUGCCAAGGCGGAUAACCAUCCAACUUGACGUAAGGUCCAAAUAUGAUGACCAGAUCGGGCUCAGCCAGAUCGAUCUCUCUCGUGUGCCCAUCUGGCGCGCGCAGAUUUGAAAUUGAGGUGGUGGCGCUGAUUUCGGCAUUGAUCAAAUUGGACGUGAUAUCCUUGGGAUCGAUCUUGCCCGCCUGAGCCAUCUCGGCCAGGGUGCGCGUCAGAUCGACCAGGGUGUCUCUCCCAUCGGUGGCAGAGAGGAGAAGAAGAUUUAAUCGUUGUCUUUCGUUGUAUGCCGUGUUUUGGGGAUUGUGGGUUGUUUUAUGCGAGGGCGGUGCUGGUGACGGCGACCGCGAAAGGUUCGUAGGAUGAUUCGGCGCAAAAACCGUGAGUAAUGGUGCAGCGGGCGGUGGCCCGAAGUACGAUGCGAGCUUUUGGUCGAUCAGUUCUUGUAGGGACGACACGUAUGUCUUUAGGAUGCCUGAUUUCUCAUAGACGCUUAGG